UGGCUGGCGCUGGUCCUGGCCGGGGCUCAGCGGGCGGCGUGCUGGGACGGCUCAGCCCUCUGCUGCGAGCCACGGCUCAGGCAGGCGUCAGAGCCGCCGCAGCCCGCACAGCAGCGGCAUGGCGCUGCAGGGAGCCUGCCUCCUGCCCUGCCUCCUGCUCUGCCUCCUCUCCCUGCCUCACAUCUCCGGCCAGCAGAAUGCCAAAGCCCGGCCAAAACCAGCGGCUCCCAAGAAAGAUGGUGUGAGCCUCCAAAUGAUUGAAGACCUGAAGGCCAUGAUUGACAACAUCUCUCAGGAGGUUGCUCUACUGAAGGAGAAGCAGGCACUGCAGACAGUCUGCCUGAAGGGCACCAAGGUGCACCUCAAGUGCCUGCUGGCGUUCGCGGAGCGCAAGCCGUACCACGAGGCGAGCGAGAGCUGCAUCGCGCAGGGCGGGACGCUGGGCACGCCGCACACCGCGCAGGAGAACGAGGCCCUGCACGACUACCUGCGCCGCUCCAUCGGCGCCGAGGCCGAGGUCUGGCUGGGCCUCAACGACCUGGCGGCGGAGGGCAGGUGGGUGGACAUGGCCGGGAGCCCGCUCCGCUACCGGAACUGGGAGAGCGACAUCACCGCCCAGCCCGACGGCGGCAAGCUGGAGAACUGCGCCGCCCUCUCGGGGGCCGCCGCGGGCAAGUGGUUCGACAAGAGGUGCAGGGAGCAGCUGCCCUACGUCUGCCAGUUCAUGAUUGUGUAGCAGCGGCGCUCCCCCCUGUCCGCCCGCAGCCUGCAGCGCUGUGGGUGCGCAGGGGCAGCUGCGCGGCCGCCCACGCUCCAGCAGCAUCACUUUGCGCGGAGUCUCCGCGGCUCAGGCUCUGGCUCUCCUGGCCGCGCCCAGCCCCUUAGCCGCUACGGCUCUGCUUUUACGCACAGGAACUGGCCAGGGCAGCUCGCUGGCUUUGGCAAAGGGCCUGUGCAGCAGCUUGAGCCCGGCGAGCAGCCACCACGGCUGCCUGCGGCUGUCGCUCUGCAAGGUCCUUUCCCACCUGGCUGAGCUGUGGUGGGCUAUCAGCAUAGCUUGUGCCUGCUUUCUCCUCCUGUUUCGCUUCCCUAUGAGCCUUGGCAGUGAUCUAUCAGAGCUCCUUGUUCCUCCUGCCCCACCCCAGACUGCUGGAGGUCAGGCUCCUGUCCUGAUGAAUGACUCCUGCUUUGCAUGAAGAGAUAGAGUUGGGCUCUCUGGCUGCUCAAGGGGCUGCCCUGCUGGUCCAGCUGAGCACAUGAAUCAAUUAACAAGUAAAAGGCAUGGGUUGACUUACCAAGGGGGUGAGUGUCCUCAGGAGCAUUUCUCCUCUGCUCUUUGUCCUUUCCUCAGCAGCCAGAAGCCAGUUUCACCACUUUCAGCUUUAUUUAGGGAGGGAGCAGGGAUAAUUUGCAGCAGUCAGUCACAUAUGUUCUUGGAAAUAGAUGAAAGCAUAAGGUCCAUAACAGAAGCACAAUGCUAUUAUGGGAUAUGCUGCCACACAAAAACCAUCUGUGUGUGGAAAACAAACCUCUGGACCACUCAUUUUAGUAGCUUUAGGAAUGAUCAGACCUGCUUAAAGUGAUGGAAACCUAUCUGAAAUGGUACAGGCGUCACUGGUGCUGGCACAGCCUUCAGCAAACAACCAUGCUGAGUGCUGUUUAUGCCCACAAAGUCAAGGCCAGCCUAAGGUCUGGACUUCAAGGGCAAAAACCCACCUGAAGCAACCAGCAGUGAUGGGCAGCAAGCACAGGUUCCCAGCCGCUCCAACGAAGCGUUGCUGGCUCUUGGCUGGAAGCAGCUCUGUGCUGCUAAUAACACCUCUGGUCCAGGUCCUACCCUCUGUGGUGCCAGGGUAGGGGUGUCAGGACACAAAGCUCUGGGGGAGUGACGGGAGAGGUAUUUCAGUCUGCUGCUUUGGUUAAAGCCAGCCCAGGGGCAGAGCUGGAGGGUGCAGGGGGCACACACACGUGGGCAGGGGCCACACUCCUGGGGCUGUCACUGCUUCCACUGCACUCUUCAGUACCACAAAAUAAACACCUAUGGCUUGCUGAA